GAAGGGAGGGAGGGAGAGAGAGAGAGAGGGUGGGGGAAGAAAACGCCCUGGAAACUUUGCUUGAUCGAGAAGGAGGAAAAGUGAUAGACUCCCAUCAGACAAAGUUGAGAGGCGCUCUUCUUUGGGCUGGGGAGACGGGGGAAGACGACAACACGUUUUCAAGGAUGCUCAAGCUUGUGUGAGGCUUCUCGGGCGCAACGAGGGCGCACAGAAGUCAAGAAAACAAGAAGCAACGCAUCGGACCGAAGCCCUUGGCCUCGCUUGAGCUAUCCAAGGAAAGUUGCGGGGUGACGUUCUUUCCCACCAGGGCUUGAAGACAAGAGAAACAAAACAAGAUGGCUGAAGAGGAGGAAACUAGGGAAGUGCUCUUUCCAGACUGGGAAGGUCCAGACAAAACUGGACUGACCAUUGAGCAGACAUGUGAAGGAGAGAUCUUUGUGAAAGAAGUGAAAGGAGAGUCACCUGCAGCACGAUCUGGGAAAGUAUAUGAAGGUGACCAGAUCGUGGGUGCCACUAUCUAUUUUGACAACAUGAGCUCAGAGGAAACAGCUGAGCUUCUGAAGACACUGAACCGCCACAAGGUUGGACUGAAACUACAAAACAAAGGCGACAAAUCACCCGGCUACUCGCCCCUGAGCACACCGUGUCGUUCCCCGAUGGGUACCUUGACAUGGGAGGGGAGAGUUGGAAGCUCCAGUCCAGACAUCAUUCUCAGUGGGGAUGAUGAGGACUAUAAAAGGAUUUACACAAAGAAGAUCAAGCCAAGACUCAAGUCUGAAGACCUCGCAGAGGGAGUGGAUGUGCGCACAGAGCGGCACAGCAGCACAAGUAGUGACGGCAGCACAGUUACGACUAUCACCCGCCGUAUCACCACCUACACUGUGGACAUGCCGAGUGGUAUCAGUGAGCAACUUGAGCUUUCAAGCACAGAGUUCAAGGGGCAAAGGCAAGAAUCAGGGGAUGGGUCGCCUCGUUUAAGAAUGUCACAGGGCAGCCCUUCUGGCAAUGUGGGAGCUGAGGGAGGAGCAUUUGAGUUAGGCAAUGUCUCUUAUAAACUAAGGGGAAACGCAAACACUGGUAGUAGGUAUGUUUCAAUGGGAGGGAUGGGAAGUACUGAGGUAUUUGCAGACAAUGAAAGCAGAGGGUCUGUACCAGGAAAAGGAAAGCAGAUUUUUGUGACAUCCAUAGACAGAAGACAAAAGGAUGAGGGAACAAAGGUGAGGUUACCUGAAGUUACUGUCACUCACCCACAUGCAGGGGAAUCAGGCAGCAUUCAUAUUCCAAAAGUCUCACUGAGUGAAGGUUAUACAGAUGCUGAACGUGAAUUGAAAGGUCCUUCUACAAAUGCUAAAUUCAGCAUUCAAACAAAAGUUUCUGAUAGCACAUAUGUUAAAGGUCCAGAAAUGAAUAUAGAAGAGAGAGAAGGGGAUUUCAAAACACCUCAGAUAAAUGUGACAUCAUUUGUAACAAAGGGGUCAACUUUUGAUGUAAAAACUCCAGAGAUAGGGGGAAACAUACAAACACCUGAUGUUGUCAUCCAAAGUCCAGACGUAAACACUGAAGCCCUAAAAGGAGAAGGUACAAAAGUCAGUAUAAAUAUUCCCAAAGCUGACAUUUCAAGACCAAGCAUUGCCAUGCCGAAUGUGGAAUUCAAUCUAAAAGGCCCUGAAGCCACAGGUGAUGGAGAUGUGUCAGUACCAACUAUUGAGGGAGAUGUAAAAAUACCAAAAAUAGAUAUGAAAGGGCCACAAUUUGACAUUGGGGAACCUGAAAGUGGAUUUAAAUUACCAAAAAUCAAAAUGCCUGAAUUUGGCCUGAAAGGUCCAAAACUAGAAGGUACUGAAGUUGACAUCAACCUUCCCAAGACCAACACUGAUGUCAAAGUUGCAGCAAAUAAAUUGCAAGGGCCAGAAUUUGAUGCCAAUAUCCCAAAAGCUGAUUUGAAUAUUACAGGUCCAAAAUUGGACUUCAAAGCACCAAACAUUGACAUUAGUGGUAAGAGCAGGCCGAGCAACUCCAGGCCUGAUGUGGACUUCAAUCUGAAAAGCCAUGUGGUCAAAGGUGAUGUAGAUGUGUCAGUACCAACACUUGAAGGCGAUAUAAAAACAUCAGAAAUUAAUAUCAAAGGUCCAAAGAUUGACACCAAGGGAUUCAAGACUGGAUUUGAUGUACCAAAAAUCAAAAAACCAACAUUUGGCUUGGAAGGUGCAAAUCUGGAGGAUCCUAAACUUGACAUCAACAUUCCCAAAGGUGGUAUUGAUGUCAUGGUCCCAGAUAUUGAACUUAAAGGGCCAGAAGUAGAUGUUACUCUCCCAAAAGGUGACCUGGACAUCGAAACACCAGAUGUUGACAUCGAUGGUCUAGGCGGUAAGAUCAAGGGACCAAAAUCCAUGAUGCCUAAAAUCACAGGUCCAAACAUCUCCAAGCCUAAUGUGGAAUUCAAUCUGAAAGGACCAAAGGUCAAAAGCAGUGUGGAUGUGUCAGUACCAAAUGUUGAAGGAGAUGUAAAAGCACCUGAAAUUGAACUGACAGGCCUCAAAGUUGACAUGAAAGGGCCUAAGACUGGCAUUGAUUUGGCUAAUAUUGAUGUUAAAGUCCCAAAGGUUGAAAUGCAUGGGCCAAAAGUUGACGUCAAUCUCCCUAAAGCUGAGUGCGACAUUGAAGCACCGGAUGUUGACAUUGACGGUCUAGGUGGUAAAAUCAAGGGACCAAAAUUGAAGAUGCCUAAAAUAUCAGGACCAACCAUCUCAAUGGGUAAUGUGGACUUCAAUGUGAAAGGCCCAAAAGUCAAAGGUGAUGUAGAUGUGUCAACUAUCAAAGGUGAUAUAAAAACACCAGCAAUGGACAUCAAAGGUCCAAAAGUUGACAUUAAAGGGUCUAAGACUGCAUUUGAUUUACCAGAAUUUGGAACACCACAAUUUGGCUUGAAAGGUCCAAAUCUAGAGGGUUCUGAUGUUAACAUCAACCUUCCCAAAGCUGAUAUUGAUGUGAAGGUCCCAGAUGUCGAUGUCAAGCUCCCACAAUGUGAAGGUCCGAACGUGGUAGGUCCUGACAUUGAUGUCAACAUCCCCAAAGCUAGUAUUGACGUCAAGGUCCCUGACGUUAAAUUGAAAGCACCAGAAGUUGAUGUUACUCUCCCAAAAGCAGAUUUGGACCUUAAAUGUCCAAAACUGGACAUCAAAGCACCAGAUGCUGACACUGAUGGUCUAAGUGGCAAGAUCAGGGGACCCAAAUUCAAGAUGCCAAUAAUGUCAGGGCCAAACAUCUCCAUACCUGAUAUCGACUUAAAUCUGAACCGUUCCAAGGUCAAAGGCGAUGUAGAUGUGCCUGUACCAAACAUCGAAGGAGAAAUAAAAGCACCAGGAAUGGACUUCAAAGGUCCAAAAGUCAAGAUCCCUGAAGUCGACAUUCAAAGCCCUGAAGUGGAUGUGAGUUUCCCUAAAGCAGAUUUGGAUAUUAAAGGCCCUGAGUUGGACAUCAAAGGACCAGAUGUUGAUAUUAACAGUCCCAGUUGUAAGAUCAAGGGAUCUACAUUUAAGAUGCCAGAAAUCACAGGACCAAACCUGUCCAUGCCCAGUGUGGACUUCAACAUGAAAGGAUCAAAAGUCAAAGGUGAUGUAGAUGUGUCAGUACCAGCGAUUGAAGGAGAAAUUAAAGCCCCAGAAAUUGAACUAAAAGGCCCCAAAGUUGACAUCAAGGGGCCUAACACAGGAUUUGAUUUACCAAAAUUCACAAUGCCUAAAUUUGGUAUUAAAGGUCCAAAUGUGGAAGGUCCUGACGUUGAUUUUAACCUCCCUAAGGCAAAUAUUGAUGUCAAGGGCCCUGGGAUUGAAUUGAAAGCACCAGAAGUUGAUGUUAAUCUCCCAAAAGCAGAUUUGAACAUUAAAAAUCCCAAACUGGACAUAGAUGUACCAGAUGUUGGUCUAGGUGGCAAGAUCAAAGGACCCAAAUUCAAAAUGGCAAAAAUAUCAGGGCCAAAAAUCUCCAUGCCUGAUGUGGACUUACACCCAAAAGGCCCCAAGAUCAAAGGUGAUGUUGAUGUGUCACUACCAAAUGUCGAGGGAGAUGUAAACGCUCCAGAAAUUGAUAUGAAGGGACCAAAAGUUGAUGUAAAAGGUCAUACGAUGGGUUUUGGAUUGCCGAAAAUCAAACUGCCAGAGUUUGGUUUGAAAGGUCCUAAAGUGGAGGGUCCCGAAGUCGACAUAAACCUUCGCAAGCCCGAUAUUGAUGUCAAGGUCCCUGAGGUCAACAUGCAGGGCCCAGAUGUUGACGUCAAUAUCCCAAAAGGUAAUUUGGACAUCAAAGGCCCAAAAUUGGACAUAGAAGCACCAGAUGUUGAUGUCGAUGGUCUCGGUGGCAAGAUCAAGGGACCCAAAUUCAAGAUGCCAAAAAUAUCAGCACCAAAAAUCUCCACAUCUGAUGUGGACUUAAACCUGAAAGGCCCCAAGAUCAAAGGCAAUGUAGAUGUGGCACUACCAAAUGUUGAGGGAGAUGUAAACGUUCCAGGAAUUGAUAUGAAAGGGCCAAAAGUUGAUGUGAAAGGUCAUACGACGGGUUUUGGAUUACCAAAAUUUAAACUGCCAGAAUUUGGUUUGAAAGGUCCUAAAGUAGAGUGUCCUGAUAUUGACAUAAACCUUCCCAAGGCUAAUGUCGAUGUCAAGAUCCCUGAGGUUGACAUUCAAUGCACAGAGGUCGACGUCAAUCUCCCAAAAGGUGACUUGGACAUCAAAGGCCCAAAAUUGGACAUCGAAGCACCAGAUGUUGACGUCGAUGGUCUAGGUGGCAAGAUCAAGGGACCCAAAUUCAAGAUGCCAAAAAUAUCAGGACCAAAAAUGUCCAUGCCUGAUGUGGACUUAAACCUGAAAGGCCCCAAGAUCAAAGGCGAUGUAGAUGUAUCAAUCCCAAAUGUCGAGGGGGAUAUAAAAACUCCAGAAAUUGAUAUCAAAGGUCCAAAAGCCGACAUGAAAGGUCCUACAAUUGGUUUUGGAUUACCAAAAUUCAAAAUGCCAGAAUUUGGUUUGAAAGGUCCAACAGUGGAAGGCCCAGAAAUUGACAUAAACCUCCCAAAGGCUAAUAUUGAUGUCAAGGUCCCUGAUGUUGACAUUCAGGGCCCAGACGUUGACGUAAAUUUCCCAAAAGGUGAUUUGGACAUCAAAGGCCCAAAAUUGGACAUCGAAGCACCAGAUGUUGACGUUGAUGGCCUAGGUGGCAAAAUCAAGGGACCCAAAUUCAAGAUGCCAAAAAUAUCAGGACCAAAACUCUCCAUGCCUGAUGUGGACUUAAACCUGAAAGGCCCCAAGAUCAAAGGUGAUGUAGAUGUGUCACUACCAAAUGUCGAUGGGGAUAUAAAAGCUCCAGAAAUAGAUAUGAAAGGUUCAAAAGCUGAGAUGAAAGGUCCUACAGUUGGCUUUGGAUUACCGAAAUUCAAAAUCCCUGAAUUUGGUUUGAAAGGUCCAACAGUGGAAGGUCCAGGAAUUGACAUAAACCUCCCCAAGGCUAAUAUUGACGUCAAAGUCCCUGAGGUUGACAUUCAGGGCCCAGACGUUGAUGUAAAUCUCCCAAAAGGUGAUUUGGACAUCAAAGGCCCAAAAUUGGACAUUGAAGCACCAGAUGUUGACGUUGAUGGUCUAGGUGGCAAGAUCAAGGGACCCAAAUUCAAGAUGCCAAAAAUAUCAGGACCAAAACUCUCUAUGCCUGAUGUGGACUUAAACCUGAAAGGCCCCAAGAUCAAAGGUGAUGUAGACGUGUCAAUCCCAAAUGUCGAGGGGGAUAUAAAAACUCCAGAAAUUGAUAUCAAAGGUCCAAAAGCCGACAUGAAAGGUCCUACAAUUGGUUUUGGAUUACCAAAAUUCAAAAUGCCAGAAUUUGGUUUGAAAGGUCCAACAGUGGAGGGUCCAGAAAUAAACCUCCCCAAGGCUAAUAUUGAUGUCAAGGUCCCUGAGGUUGACAUUCAGGGCCCAGACGUUGACUUAAAUCUCCCAAAAGGUGAUUUGGACAUCAAAGGCCCAAAAUUGGACAUCGAAGCACCAGAUGUUGACAUUGAUGGUCUAGGUGGCAAGAUCAAGGGACCCAAAUUCAAGAUGCCAAAAAUAUCAGGACCAAAACUCUCUAUGCCUGAUGUGGACCUAAACCUGAAAGGCCCCAAGAUCAAAGGCGAUGUAGAUGUGUCAAUCCCAAAUGUCGAGGGGGAUAUAAAAACUCCAGAAAUUGAUAUCAAAGUUCCAAAAGCCGACAUGAAAGGUCCUACAAUUGGUUUUGGAUUACCAAAAUUCAAAAUGCCAGAAUUUGGUUUGAAAGGUCCAACAGUGGAGGGUCCAGAAAUAAACCUCCCCAAGGCUAAUAUUGAUGUCAAGGUCCCUGAGGUUGACAUUCAGGGCCCAGACGUUGACUUAAAUCUCCCAAAAGGUGAUUUGGACAUCAAAGGCCCAAAAUUGGACAUCGAAGCACCAGAUGUUGACGUUGAUGGUCUAGGUGGCAAGAUCAAGGGACCCAAAUUCAAGAUGCCAAAAAUAUCAGGACCAAAACUCUCUAUGCCUGAUGUGGACUUAAACCUGAAAGGCCCCAAGAUCAAAGGCGAUGUAGACGUGUCAAUCCCAAAUGUCGAGGGGGAUAUAAAAACUCCAGAAAUUGAUAUCAAAGGUCCAAAAGCCGACAUGAAAGGUCCUACAAUUGGUUUUGGAUUACCAAAAUUCAAAAUGCCAGAAUUUGGUUUGAAAGGUCCAACAGUGGAGGGUCCAGAAAUAAACCUCCCCAAGGCUAAUAUUGAUAUCAAGGUCCCUGAGGUUGACAUUCAGGGCCCAGACGUUGACUUAAAUCUCCCAAAAGGUGAUUUGGACAUCAAAGGCCCAAAAUUGGACAUCGAAGCACCAGAUGUUGACAUUGAUGGUCUAGGUGGCAAGAUCAAGGGACCCAAAUUCAAGAUGCCAAAAAUAUCAGGACCAAAACUCUCCAUGCCUGAUGUGGACUUAAACCUGAAAGGCCCCAAGAUCAAAGGAGAUGUAGAUGUGUCACUACCAAAUGUCGAGGGGGAUAUAAAAACUCCAGAAAUUGAUAUCAAAGUUCCAAAAGCCGACAUGAAAGGUCCUACAAUUGGUUUUGGAUUACCAAAAUUCAAAAUGCCAGAAUUUGGUUUGAAAGGUCCAACAGUGGAGGGUCCAGAAAUAAACCUCCCCAAGGCUAAUAUUGAUUUCAAGGUCCCUGAGGUUGACAUUCAGGGCCCAGACGUUGACGUAAAUCUCCCAAAAGGUGAUUUGGACAUCAAAGGCCCAAAAUUGGACAUUGAAGCACCAGAUGUUGACAUUGAUGAUCUAGGUGGCAAGAUCAAGGGACCCAAAUUCAAGAUGCCAAAAAUAUCAGGACCAAAACUCUCUAUGCCUGAUGUGGACUUAAACCUGAAAGGCCCCAAGAUCAAAGGCGAUGUAGAUGUGUCAAUCCCAAAUGUCGAGGGGGAUAUAAAAACUCCAGAAAUUGAUAUCAAAGGUCCAAAAGCCGACAUGAAAGGUCCUACAAUUGGUUUUGGAUUACCAAAAUUCAAAAUGCCAGAAUUUGGUUUGAAAGGUCCAACAGUGGAGGGUCCAGAAAUAAACCUCCCCAAGGCUAAUAUUGAUUUCAAGGUCCCUGAGGUUGACAUUCAGGGCCCAGACGUUGACCUAAAUCUCCCAAAAGGUGAUUUGGACAUCAAAGGCCCAAAAUUGGACAUCGAAGCACCAGAUGUUGAUGUUGAUGGUCUAGGUGGCAAGAUCAAGGGACCCAAAUUCAAGAUGCCAAAAAUAUCAGGACCAAAACUCUCUAUGCCUGAUGUGGACCUAAACCUGAAAGGCCCCAAGAUCAAAGGCGAUGUAGAUGUGUCAAUCCCAAAUGUCGAGGGGGAUAUAAAAACUCCAGAAAUUGAUAUCAAAGGUCCAAAAGCCGACAUGAAAGGUCCUACAAUUGGUUUUGGAUUACCAAAAUUCAAAAUGCCAGAAUUUGGUUUGAAAGGUCCAACAUUGGAAGGGCCAGAAAUUGACAUAAACCUCCCCAAGGCUAAUAUUGAUGUCAAGGUCCCUGAGGUUGACAUUCAGGGCCCAGACGUUGACGUAAAUCUCCCAAAAGGUGAUUUGAACAUCAAAGGCCCAAAAUUGGACAUCGAAGCACCAGACGUUGACGUUGAUGGUCUAGGUGGCAAAAUCAAGGGACCCAAAUUCAAGAUGCCAAAAAUAUCAGGACCAAAACUCUCCAUGCCUGAUGUGGACUUAAACCUGAAAGGCCCCAAGAUCAAAGGCGAUGUAGAUGUGUCAAUCCCAAAUGUCGAGGGGGAUAUAAAAACUCCAGAAAUUGAUAUCAAAGGUCCAAAAGCCGACAUGAAAGGUCCUACAAUUGGUUUUGGAUUACCAAAAUUCAAAAUGCCAGAAUUUGGUUUGAAAGGUCCAACAGUGGAGGGUCCAGAAAUAAACCUCCCCGAGGCUAAUAUUGAUGUCAAGGUCCCUGAGGUUGACAUUCAGGGCCCAGACGUUGACGUAAAUCUCCCAAAAGGUGAUUUGAACAUCAAAGGCCCAAAAUUGGACAUCGAAGCACCAGACGUUGACGUUGAUGGUCUGGGUGGCAAAAUCAAGGGACCCAAAUUCAAGAUGCCAAAAAUAUCAGGACCAAAACUCUCCAUGCCUGAUGUCGACUUAAACCUGAAAGGCCCCAAGAUCAAAGGCGAUGUAGAUGUGUCAAUCCCAAAUGUCGAGGGGGAUAUAAAAACUCCAGAAAUUGAUAUCAAAGGUCCAAAAGCCGACAUGAAAGGUCCUACAAUUGGUUUUGGAUUACCAAAAUUCAAAAUGCCAGAAUUUGGUUUGAAAGGUCCAACAGUGGAGGGUCCAGAAAUAAACCUCCCCGAGGCUAAUAUUGAUGUCAAGGUCCCUGAGGUUGACGUAAAUCUCCCAAAAGGUGAUUUGAACAUCAAAGGCCCAAAAUUGGACAUCGAAGCACCAGACGUUGACGUUGAUGGUCUGGGUGGCAAAAUCAAGGGACCCAAAUUCAAGAUGCCAAAAAUAUCAGGACCAAAACUCUCCAUGCCUGAUGUGGACUUAAACCUGAAAGGCCCCAAGAUCAAAGGCGAUGUAGAUGUGUCAAUCCCAAAUGUCGAGGGGGAUGUAAAAACUCCAGAAAUUGAUAUCAAAGGUCCAAAAGCCGACAUGAAAGGUCCUACAAUUGGUUUUGGAUUACCAAAAUUCAAAAUGCCAGAAUUUGGUUUGAAAGGUCCAACAGUGGAGGGUCCAGAAAUAAACCUCCCCAAGGCUAAUAUUGAUGUCAAGGUCCCUGAGGUUGACAUUCAGGGCCCAGACAUUGACGUAAAUCUCCCAGAAGGUGAUUUGGACAUCAAAGGCCCAAAAUUGGACAUCGAAGCACCAGAUGUUGAUGUUGAUGGUCUAGGUGGCAAGAUCAAGGGACCCAAAUUCAAGAUGCCAAAAAUAUCAGGACCAAAACUCUCUAUGCCUGAUGUGGACCUAAACCUGAAAGGCCCCAAGAUCAAAGGCGAUGUAGAGGUGUCAAUCCCAAAUGUCGAGGGGGAUAUAAAAACUCCAGAAAUUGAUAUCAAAGGUCCAAAAGCCGACAUGAAAGGUCCUACAAUUGGUUUUGGAUUACCAAAAUUCAAAAUGCCAGAAUUUGGUUUGAAAGGUCCAACAGUGGAGGGUCCAGAAAUAAACCUACCCAAGGCUAAUAUUGAUAUCAAGGUCCCUGAGGUUGACAUUCAGGGCCCAGACGUUGACCUAAAUCUCCCAAAAGGUGAUUUGGACAUCAAAGGCCCAAAAUUGGACAUUGAAGCACCAGAUGUUGACGUUGAUGGUCUAGGUGGCAAGAUCAAGGGACCCAAAUUCAAGAUGCCAAAAUUAUCAGGACCAAAACUCUCCAUGCCUGAUGUGGACUUAAACCUGAAAGGCCCCAAGAUCAAAGGUGAUGUAGAUGUGUCAGUCCCAAAUGUUGAGGGAGACAUCAAAGGCCCAAAAUUGGACAUUGAAGCACCAGAUGUUGAUGUUGAUGGUCUAGGUGGCAAGAUCAAGGGACCCAAAUUCAAGAUGCCAAAAGUAACGGGACCAAAAAUCUCCAUGCCUGAUGUGGACUUCAAUCUGAAAGGCCCAAAGGUCAAAAGUGAUGUUGAUGUGUCAAUACCAAACAUCGAGGGAGAUAUAAAAGCACCAGAAGUGAAUAUCAAAGGUCCAAAAGCCGGUGUGAAAGGUUCCACAAUUGAUUUUGAAUUACCAAAAUUCAAAAUGCCAGAAUUUGGUUUGAAAGGUCCAAAACUGGAGGGUCCAGAUGUUGACAUAAACCUCCCCAAGGCUAAUAUUGAUGUUAAGGUCCCUCAGUUUGAUAUUCAAGGCCCUAAAGUAGAUGUCAAUCUGCCAAAGGCUGAUUUGGACAUAAAAGGCCCCAAGAUCGAUAUUGAAGGACCAGAUGUUGACAUUGACAGUCCCAGUUGGAAGAUCAAGGGACCAAAAUUCAAGAUGCCAAAACUGUCAGGAGCAAACAUCUCCAUGCCCGAUGUUGAUUUCAAUAUGAAAGGCUCUAAACUCAAAGGUGAUGUGGAUGUGUCAUCACCAAAUAUUGAGGGAAACAUUAAAGCACCUGAUGUGGACAUUAGCGGUCCACAAGUUGACAUAAAGGGAAUUAAAACUCCGGAAAUUGACAUAAAAGGAACAGAUGUUGAUAUUCAGAGUCCCAGUGGCAAGAUCAAGGGACUAAAAUUCAAGAUGCCACACAUCUCCAUGCCAGAUGUUGAUUUCCAUGUGAAAGGGUCCAAAGGCAAGGGUGGUGUAGAUUUUUCAGCACCAAAAAUGGAAGGAGACAUAAAAGCACCAGAAAUUGAUGCACACAUCAAAGGACCAGUUAUUGAUGUGAAAGGACAAAAGCGUGGAAUUGACUUGCCAAAAUUUAAAAUGCCAGAAUUUGGUCUCAAAGGUCCGAAACUGGAGGGUCCCGAUGUUGACAUAAAUCUUCCCAAGGCCAAUAUUGAUGUAAAUGUCCCUGAGGUUAACAUUCAAUGCCCGGAAGCUGAUUUUGACAUUAAGGGACCAACGUUAGACAUUGAAGGGCCUGAUGUUGACAUCCCUAGUCCAAGCGGUAAGAUCAAGGGACCAAAAUUCAAGAUCCCAAAAUUCUCAGCACCAAACAUCUCCAUGCCUGAUGUGGAUUUCAAUUUGAAAGGUCACAAGGUCAAAGGUGAUGUAGAUGUGUCAGUACCACACAUUGAGGGAGAUGUAAAAGCACCUGGAAUUGAUAUGAAAGGCCCUAAAAUUGACAUUAAGGGGCCUAAGACUGGAUUUGAAUUACCAAAAGUCAAAAUACCAGAAUUUGGUUUUAAAGGUACAAAACUAGAAGGCCCUGACGUUGACAUCAACCUUCCCAGAGCUAAUUUCAACAUCCCAGAGGUUGACAUUGAAGGCCCCAAAGUUGAUGUCAGUGUUCCAAAAGCUGAUUUGGACAUCAAGGGCCCUAAGGUGGACAUUGAAGGACCAGAUGUUGACAUUGAUAGUCCCAGUUGGAAGCUCAAGGGACCUAAUUUCAAGAUGCCAAAAGUCAAAAUGCCAGCAUUUGGCUUUAAAAGUCCAAAUCUGGAAGGCCCUGACAUUGACGUCAACCUUCCCAAAGCUAAUAUUGAUGUCAACAUUCCAGAGGUUGACAUUGAAGGCCCCAAAGUUGAUGUCAGUCUUCCAAAAGCUGAUUUGGAUAUUAAAGGACCUAAGGUGGAUAUCGAAGGACCAGAUGUUGACAUUGAUAGUCCCAGUUGGAAGCUCAAGGGACCUAAUUUCAAGAUGCCAAAAAUCAAAAUGCCAGCAUUUGGCUUUAAAGGUCCAAAUCUAGAAGGCCCUGACAUUGACGUCAACCUUCCCAAAGCUAAUAUUGAUGUCAACAUUCCAGAGGUUGACAUUGAAGGCCCCAAAGUUGAUGUCAGUGUUCCAAAAGCUGAUUUGGACAUCAAGGGCCCUAAGGUGGAUAUCGAAGGACCAGAUGUUGACAUUGAUAGUCCCAGUUGGAAGCUCAAGGGACCUAAUUUCAAGAUGCCAAAAGUCAAAAUGCCAGCAUUUGGCUUUAAAGGUCCAAAUCUAGAAGGCCCUGACAUUGAUGUCAACCUUCCCAAAGCUAAUAUUGAUGUCAACAUUCCAGAGGUUGACAUUGACGGCCCAAAAGUUGAUGUCAGUCUUCCAAAAGCUGAUUUGGAUAUUAAAGGACCUAAGGUGGAUAUCGAAGGACCAGAUGUUGACAUUGAUAGUCCCAGUUGGAAGCUCAAGGGACCUAAUUUCAAGAUGCCAAAAAUCAAAAUGCCAGCAUUUGGCUUUAAAGGUCCAAAUCUAGAAGGCCCUGACAUUGACGUCAACCUUCCCAAAGCUAAUAUUGAUGUCAACAUUCCAGAGGUUGACAUUGAAGGCCCCAAAGUUGAUGUCAGUGUUCCAAAAGCUGAUUUGGACAUCAAGGGCCCUAAAGUGGAUAUCGAAGGACCAGAUGUUGACAUUGAUAGUCCCAGUUGGAAGCUCAAGGGACCUAAUUUCAAGAUGCCAAAAGUCAAAAUGCCAGGAUUUGGCUUUAAAGGUCCAAAUCUAGAAGGCCCUGACAUUGACGUCAACCUUCCCAAAGCUAAUAUUGAUGUCAACAUUCCAGAGGUUGACAUUGAAGGCCCCAAAGUUGAUGUCAGUCUUCCAAAAGCUGAUUUGGACAUCAAGGGCCCUAAGGUGGAUAUCGAAGGACCAGAUGUUGACAUUGAUAGUCCCAGUUGGAAGCUCAAGGGACCUAAUUUCAAGAUGCCAAAAGUUAAAAUGCCAGCAUUUGGCUUUAAAGGUCCAAAUCUAGAAGGCCCUGACAUUGACGUCAACCUUCCCAAAGCUAAUAUUGAUGUCAACAUUCCAGAGGUUGACAUUGACGCCCCAAAAGUUGAUGUCAGUCUUCCAAAAGCUGAUUUGGAUAUUAAAGGACCUAAGGUGGAUAUCGAAGGACCAGAUGUUGACAUUGAUAGUCCCAGUUGGAAGCUCAAGGGACCUAAUUUCAAGAUGCCAAAAAUCAAAAUGCCAGCAUUUGGCUUUAAAGGUCCAAAUCUAGAAGGCCCUGACAUUGACGUCAACCUUCCCAAAGCUAAUAUUGAUGUCAACAUUCCAGAGGUUGACAUUGAAGGCCCCAAAGUUGAUGUCAGUGUUCCAAAAGCUGAUUUGGACAUCAAGGGCCCUAAGGUGGGUAUCGAAGGACCAGAUGUUGACAUUGAUAGUCCCAGUUGGAAGCUCAAGGGACCUAAUUUCAAGAUGCCAAAAGUCAAAAUGCCAGCAUUUGGCUUUAAAGGUCCAAAUCUUGAAGGCCCUGACAUUGAUGUCAACCUUCCCAAAGCUAAUAUUGAUGUCAACAUCCCAGAGGUUGACAUUGACGGCCCAAAAGUUGAUGUCAGUCUUCCAAAAGCUGAUAUGGACAUCAAGGGUCCGAAGGUGGAUAUCGAAGGACCAGAUGUUGACAUUGAUAGUCCCAGUUGGAAGCUCAAGGGACCUAAUUUAAAGAUGCCAAAAGUCAAAAUGCCAGCAUUUGGCUUUAAAGGUCCAAAUCUUGAAGGACCUGACAUUGACGUCAACCUUCCCAAAGCUAAUAUUGAUGUCAACAUUCCAGAGGUUGACAUUGAAGGCCCCAAAGUUGAUGUCAGUCUUCCAAAAGCUGAUUUGGACAUCAAGGGCCCUAAGGUGGACAUCGAAGGACCAGAUGUUGACAUUGAUAGUCCCAGUUGGAAGCUCAAGGGACUUAAUUUCAAGAUGCCAAAAGUCAAAAUGCCAGAAUUUGGCUUUAAAGGUCCACAUCUUGAGGGCCCUGACCUUGAUGUCAACCUUCCCAAACCUAAUAUUGAUGUCAACAUCCCAGAGGUUGACAUGGAAGGCCCCAAAGUUGACGUCAGUCUUCCAAAAGCUGAUUUGGACAUCAAGGGCCCUAAGGUGGACAUCAAAGCACCAGAUGUUGACAUUGAUAGUCCCAGUUGGAAGCUCAAGGGGCCUCAUUUCAAGAUGCCAAAAGUCAAAAUGCCAGAAUUUGGCUUUAAAGGUCCACAUCUAGAGGGCCCUGACAUUGAUGUCAACCUUCCCAAAGCUAAUAUUGAUGUCAACCUCCCAGAGGUUGACAUGGGAGGCCCCAAAGUUGAUGUCAGUCUUCCAAAAGCUGAUUUGGACAUCAAGGGCCCUAAGGUGGACAUCGAAGGACCGGAUGUUGACAUUGAUAGUCCCAGUUGGAAGCUCAAGGGACCUAAUUUCAAGAUGCCAAAAGUCACAGGCCCAAACAUCACCAUACCAAAUCUGGACAUUAAAAUGAAACGCCCUAAACUGAAAGGAGAUGUAGAUGUGUCAGUACCAAAUAUCGAGGCAGAUAUUAAAGCACCUGAAAUUCAUGCUACAGGUGGUCUUGAUGUAUCAGGACCAAGUAUGAAGGGGGAUAUAAAAGCACCAGAACUGGAAAUUAAAGGCCCCACACUUGAAAUGCAGGGGACUAAGAGUGGAUUUGACUUGCCAAAAUUAAAAAUGCCAGAAUUUGGCUUCAAAGGACCCAAAGUAGAAGCACCAGAAGUCGACAUAAACCUCCCCAAAUUCAAGGGCGAUAUUGAAGGAAACACGGAACUUGACAUUUCAGAUGUUACUGUUAAUGUUCCUGAAAUCAGCACUAAGAAAACUAAAUUCAAAAUGCCAAAGUUUGGAUUCAAGGGUCCAAAAAAGACUAAAAUAGAUAUAAAAGUACCAACUGUUGAUGUGAAAGGUCCAAAGUUGGAGAAUCCUGAUUUUGACAUCAGCCUUCCCAAGGCAAAUAUUGACAUUGACAUUGAUAGUCCCACCAGUAAGAUCAAGGGAUCUAAAUUCAAGAUGCCAGACGUGGACUUCAGUCUGAAAGGCGCUAAACGUACAGGGGAUUUGGACAUGUCAGUACCAAAUAUUCAGGGAGAUAUUAAAGGACCCAGAAUUAAUAUCAAAGUCCCAGAAGGUGACAUCAAGGGACCUAAUACGGGAUUUGAAUUGCCAAAAUUCAAAAUGCCACAAUUUGGCAUCAAAGGUCCACAGGUGCAGGGUCCUGACAUUGACGUCAGCCUUCCCAAAGCUAAUAUUGAUGUCCCUGAUGUUGACAUUAAGGGGACUCAAGUUGAUGUCAGUCUCCCCAAAACUGAUCUGGACAUUAAAGGCCCCAAGAUGGACAUUGAAGGACCAGAUGUUGACAUUGACAGUCCCAGUUGGAAGAUCAAGGGGCCAAAAUUCAAGAUUCCAAAACUGACAGGACCAAACAUCUCCUUGCCUGAUGUUGAUUUCAAUGUGAAAGGCCCUAAACUCAAGGGUGAUUUCGAUGUGUCAGCACCAAAUAUCGAGGGAGACAUUAAAGCACCCGACGUGGACAUCAGUGGUCCAAAUGUUGACAUAAAGGGUCCCACCUCUGGUUUUGGAUUGUCAAAAUUCAAAUUGCCAGAUUUCGGCUUCAAAGGUCCAAAACUGGAGGGUCCAGAUGUUGACAUAAACCUUCCCAAGGCUAAUAUAGAUGUGAAGGUCCCUGAAGUUGAUAUUCAAGGUCCAGAAGUUGAUGUCAGUCUCCCAAAAGCUGAUUUGGACAUUAAAGGCCCCGAGAUGGGCAUUGAAGGACCAGAUGUUGACAUUGACAGUCCCAGUUGGAAGAUCAAGGGACCAAAAUUGAAGAUGCCAAAACUGACAGGACCAAACAUCUCCAUGCCCCAUGUAGAUUUCGAUGUGAAAGGCCCUAAAUUCAAAGGUGAUGUAGAUGUGUCAGCACCAAAUAUCGAGGGAGACAUUAAAGCACCCAGCGUGGACAUCAGUGGUCCAAAUGUUGACAUAAAGGGUCCCACCUCUGGUUUUGGAUUGUCAAAAUUAAAAUUGCCAGAUUUUGGCUUCAAAGGUCCAAAACUGGAGGGUCCAGAUGUUGACAUAAACCUUCCCAAGGCUAAUAUAGAUGUGAAGGUCCCUGAAGUUGACAUUCAAGGUCCAGAAGUUGAUGUCAGUCUCCCAAAAGCUGAUUUGGACAUUAAAGGCCCCGAGAUGGGCAUUGAAGGACCAGAUGUUGACAUUGACAGUCCCAGUUGGAAGAUCAAAGGACCAAAAUUCAAGAUGCCAAAAGUGACCGGACCAAACAUCUCUAUGCCCCAUGUCGAUUUCAAUGUGAAAGGCCCUAAAAUCAAAGGUGAUGUAGAUGUGUCAGUACCACAUACUGAGGGAGAUGUAAAAGCACUUGGAAUUGAUAUGAAAGGCUCUAAAAUUGACAUUAAGGGACCUAAGACUGGAUUCGAAUUACCAAAAGUCAAAAUGCCAGAAUUCGGUUUUAAAGGUACAAAACUAGAAGGCCCUGACAUUGACAUAAACCUUCCCAAGGCUAAUAUUGAUGUGAAGGUUCCUGAAGUUGACAUUCAAUGUCCAGAAGUUGAUGUCAAUCUCCCAAAAGCUGAUUUGGACAUUAAAGGCCCCAAGAUGGGCAUUGAAGGACCAGAUGUUGACAUUGACAGUCCAAGUUGGAAGAUCAAGGGACCAAAAUUAAAGAUGCCAAAACUGACAGGACCAAACAUCUCCAUGCCCCGUGUCGAUUUCGAUGUGAAAGGCCCUAAAUUCAAAGGUGAUGUAGAUGUGUCAGCACCAAGUAUCGAGGGAGAAAUAAAAGCACCUGACGUGGACGUCAGAGGUCCAAAAGUUGACAUUGAGGGACCUAAGACUGGAAUAUCAUUUCCAAAAAUCAAAAUGCCUGAAUUUGGCUUUCAAGGUCCAAAACUGGAAAGUCCGAGCAUUGACGUCAACAUCCCGAAAGCUCAUAUUGAUGUCAAAGUUCCAGAGACUGACUUUCAAGGCCCACAAGUUGACGUUGGACUCCCAAAAGCUGAUUUGGACUCUGAGUUGCACAUUGAAGGACCAGAUGUUGACAUUGGCAGCCCCAGUGGUAAGAUCAAGGGAUCUAAAUUAAUGAUGCCGAAACUCAAAGGAGCAAAGAUCUCCAUGCCAAAUGUUGACGUAAAUGUGAAAAGUCCUGACCUUAAAGGUAAUGUAGAUGUGUCAGAACCAAAUUUUGAUGGAAAAAUAAAACCACCAGAAUUGGAUGUCAAAGGUCCAAAAGUUGACAUAAAGGGUCGCAAGGGUGCAUUUGAAGGUCCCAGCAUCAAAGGAGAUGUGGAUGUCUCAUAUCCUGAUGUCGAUGUCAGCAUAAAGGGAAAAAAAGGUAAAUUUAAACUUCCUAAAGUCACAGGAAAGGGAAAGAAAUCAGAUUUUGACACAGAAUCACCAACAAUUGAUGUAGAUGUAGAAACACCUAAAAUUAACGUUCAGAGAACAAAAGUGAAGAAGCCUCUUUUUGGUAAGCUACAUUUUCCUGACGUGGAAUUUGACAUCAAAUCCCCCAAAGUGAAAGGUGAUGGAUCUUUAUCCGAGGAUCUGAAAUCCCCCAACAUUGGCUUACAAGGUUCUGUUAGCAACAGUCAGGAUAUUAGCCUUGAAGGCUCAGAUGUGAGAUUAAAGACACCACAAAUCAAAAUGCCAAGCAUCAGUGUUUCUACAGGUAAAGCUGGCAGCACAAUUGGGGGUCUUCAAUAUCCAGAAGGUACAGUGACAUUUCCCAAGCUCAAGAUACCAAGGUUUGGUUUUAGUUUGCCCCAGGUUGAGGACCAGGCGGGUGAUGGAAAAGGAUCAUUGAACAUUGCAGCUUGUGCAGAUCUUCAUGGCUCACAGGAUAUUGCUGUUUCCAGUCCAGAAAUAAGACAAAGUGAAGGAAAGAUAAAGGUUAAGAUACCAAAUUUUUUUGGAAAAUCAAAAGCAAAGGGCAGAAGUGCAGGGGACCUUCGAGGACCAGAGGUAGAACUGAGUACAGGUGGAAAAGGCAAGGUCUCUAAAGAUUUCAGUGUACAUAGUGGAGAGGGAAAAUUACAUUUAGAGGGUGAUGCUGGACUCAGUGUUUCACCCAAAAGCAAGUCAGCAUCACUGGAUCUUUUCAAGAAGUCAAGGCAUCGUUCUUCCUCUGAUGAGGCUGGGCUUGCAGUUCUUUCCCCUUCGGGGCACCUCGAAGCGGAGGACACUGGUAUUUCACUCGACCUAAAAGGACCAAAAGUCGAAGGAAAGAAAGGCAAGUUGAAAUUUGGCACAUUUGGAGGUUUUGGUUCAAAGUCAAAAGGCUCGUAUGAAGUGACAUAUGGUGAGGCCAGUGCAGCAGGAGUAGAGGGAAGCACAGGUGUGUCCUUGAACACCCCAAAAUCGAGAUUGUCGUCGUCGUCGUCGUCCAGCAGUGACAUUGCUUUGAAAUUCCCCAAAGUUGAACUAUCUGUAUCGCCAAAGAAUGAAUAAUGAGUUGAUGACUUAAACUCACUCAUCUGCAAAUGGUUCUCUCAGUACAGGAAAUACGUCAAACGCAGAGAGAAAAUACACAGAGUUUAAAGCCCCAUCAAACUGUAAAUAAGAUCAAAAUGUAUUGUAAUAAAUAUUUUUUUUUUUGUACAUAGUCAAGAUUUAUUGAGCAUAUACCACCAAAUUUUCCACUAAUGACUUAAUUACUGGUAUUGUUAUUUUGUCUUGUUUUAUUCAAUUAAAAAAAAAAAUCAUGAGUGGUUGUGGUAUAAUUCUAUGCAGUGUUUGUUUCACUGAACAGAUGGUCACAGUAGUUAUUUGAAGGAAAGUGUCAUUUCUACAGCUAAACACAGUUAUAAACAGCUUUACUUCAAUGCUUUGAUUUUGUUUUAUCAGCGCAGAAGCAUUUCUGCAUCCUAAAGGGGCCCUGUAUAACAUACUGUAUUCUUUUAAGUGUGAUGAUGUUUCAUAGAGCAUACAUGCAGUCACUAUGUUUAGAAACUUUCAUGUAUUUUCCUGCACGUUUUUGUCAUCCUUCAAAGAUUUGUACACAUUUGGAUCUUUGUCUGUUAUUUUCAUUCUAACCUGUUUUGUUGUACCGUUCUGAUCAUCGUCUACGCCCUUUACACAAUAAAAUGCAAUUAAAUGCAACUGUUGGUGUUUAUAAAUUGAACAGAUAUGUGAUCAGAAUUGUUUUUCUCCCCUUUUGUGUGCAUUCUGUCAGAUAAACGAAUUAAAUUGUAUAGAAUGUA